AAUUGAAUUGGAGCGCUUCCAUGUUGGGAUAUGUUGUUAGUUAGCAUCGGUUGUGGAGAGUAAUUUGUCAAGGCGCUUGAUACAGUGAUGGACUCGAACAAUCUUCUAUCUCUAGAAUAUACGUUCAGUAGUUCCCUGGUUAGUCUGAGACGGUCAGUCUCAAGAGAGAUUUCCGCUUCUGUUUCAAAAAUACGACGGCAGUUCCUAUGUGUUCAGAGCGAAUUUAAUAAUGAGAUUUCUCGCUUACGUGAACAAAAUAAAGCUCUCGUUCGAACUUUGCAGCAGAUGGAGGAAAUGAUAAAAGGAAAAGAAAUUGAAAUAUAUGGGUUACGCCAUCAAUUGCAAAGCUUCUCGGCUGGGCGAGGUGUGUGUUCUAAUUGCUCUGGAGAUUCUAUCCAAGCUAGAAACACUUUAGUAAGAAACACUGUCUUUAACUCAACCAACAAACGCCCGCUUACGACAAUUUCAUCGUCGAUAUCAGAUGGUCUGUCGGAAUCCAGUUUAAAUAGUCAUAUUCAUCAGCCCAUAAAAAAACGUCCAUAUGUGCCGGCGAACGAUGUUGAAAGCGCCGAUGUAGAAAACAUUAACAACAUAACACCAAAAGGUGUUCGCAAAUCCCCUUCUGGAGCACCUGAUGAGAGUCAAUGUGAAGACGAAGUAUCCAAAAGCGAAUCUACAACACUAACUAACAGCGUUUUCCCUGUCGGUUCCCUUAGCCCACCAUCACAAAUUUAUGAUGCUUCCUUAGCAGUAAAAAAUGCAAUUAAUCACAACGAUCUGGCUGAUUACGAUGCUACUUACAGGGAUUCUUCUAUGUUGGAUAUGUCAGGUGCAAAUAAUAGAGGGAACAUGUUAGAGUCUCCAGGUACUAACCGGACGGGACCUAUUGGCGCAGAAUUUAUUCCAGGUAUUAGAAACCCUAACAAGUUAAUAUCAGCGAACGGCCCUGACCAGGUUCAGGUUGUUUGUCAUCGACCAAAACGUACACAUCGACCAUCUUGUCGUUACUUUCAUCGUACAUUUUCCAGUAAAGAAAACAAGCAAGAAAAACAGAAAUCUGAUGAUACUGGUGAUGACAUAAGUCUGCCUUCUGGUUUUCUCGAAUCCGAAACAUCAGUUCAUUUACCACCAAAAUCCAUUACUAGCGAUGAAUCAACAAAGCACAAACGUAAUAAAGCAAAAUCUCACUUCCCAUCUAUUGGUGGUUCACCGACCCGUGAUGAGUCAAACUUCAAGUUUCCACUUCCUCCACAACGUACAACCUUGGUUGCAAAAAAACCACUUUCUGUUGCAAAUAGCGUUGGUGUAAUGCCUACUAAAAAAUCUCAUGGAAAAUCAGUCAAUCGAACAUCACCAUCAACACCAGAUGGUUUUUGGGAUAUUGACCUAGAACAACAUGACAAGGGAAAGGAGAAUGUUCCGGUUACAAAUACGACUGAUACUGAAGUGAAUAUUCGACACUCUUCCCGCCGCCGUCGACCUUUAAGCUUUCCCUCAGUUGAAAUAUCUCCCACACCAAUUGAAUAAGAUUUACAUGUAAUUGUUUCCCACUGUUGUUUUUAUCGACUUUUUAUCAUUUGAUUAACAAACCCGGUAAUCGUAUAUUCGUAACUUGUUUUUUUACACAUUUCUACAAAAUAAAUUAUCUACAUUUUUAUUUUUGUUACCUGUUAUUCUGGUGAUUUUCUUUAAUUAUCAACUCAUUGUUCAAUCUUUUGUAUUUAAGUUUAUCUCUUUAUUCACGUAUUAGCGUCUUAUCCAAUCCUGGGCUAUCCUGUUCAAUAAUGAAAUACCUCCAUUUUUAAAAAUCUCAAACAUCUCCCGAUAAAAUAUUAUUCGAGGAACUCUAAGUGAACCAACCAAACGACUGGAUCUGAACGUUCAUAACUGUCCUAUUGGUAUUAUUAUCCUCAAUGAUCCAAAUUGUUUUAACUAGAUGAAAAUUUUUAUUUGUAUAAUCAGACAGACAUCCAAGCAAUACAGUGACUGAAUGAACUAAGAAUAUACAUUGAGUGAUGUGUAUUAAAAUCACAUCAAAUGUCUCGCAUAUAUAUGUCAGUGAGCUAAUCCUUUGAGAUAAUCCAAAGUCUAUUCAGAGACAUAAAUGUACACUGAUAGAAGUUUAGAAUUAUCCACGUACUUACUCCUUUUACCUCUCAUAGAACAUAGACCACUGGCCAGGAUUCUCCAACUAACUAUGUUCUAGGCUCUUCUUCCAUUUGUUUUCAAGUGCUAUUCCAUUCACUUUAUGUCUGCUUUUGAUUGGCCCUGACAGGUUUACUCCUGAGAUUUUUAAGGAUGGUGGUCCAGUAUUAACAAUGAGAUUAACCGAGGUCUUAGGUAGAAUUUGGGAACUGGACGUAAUCCCAUCUGACUAGUCUCAAUCACUGAUUGUGCCAGUUUAUAAGAAAGGACAAAAGUCCUCUUGUGACAAUCACAGAAGAAUCAGUUUGACUAAUAUAGUGUCUAAAAUAUUAGCCUCAAUAAUACUUCGACGCCUAAUCAAAGCUCGUGAAGAGCAGACUAGAGAAAAACAGGCUGGUAUUCGACCUGGAAGUGGUUUUAUAGAUCAGAUAUUCACACUACGUCAGGUCCUAGAACAUAGACACACAUUCAGACGCCCCACAAUGGUAGUAUUUCUCGACCUUAAGGCGGCAUUCGACUCUGUUGAUCGUGAGGUUCUAUGGCAGUGUUUGUCACUGAAAGAGGUACCAAAAAAGUACAUUAACCUUAUAAAGGCUCUCUACUCGAACACAACUGGUCGAGUGAGAGCUUAUGGCGAACUGUCAUCAGAAUUGAUUACCUCAAGUGGUGUUCGUCAGGGCUGUCCACUCUCCCCAUUCUUGUUCAACUUUGUCAUCGACGUACUUUUAGAGAUAACACUCUCCUCAUCUAAAUUUCCAGGGGUUGAACUUCUACCGGGAGGUUCACUUGUUGACUUAGAAUAUGCAGAUGACAUAGUUCUGUUUGGUGAAGACGCUGACAAAAUGCAGAGUCUUCUGACGACUCUAAGCAACAAUGCAAGCAUGUUCGGGAUGCGAUUCUCUCCCUCGAAAUGCAAAAUGUUGCUUCAGGAUUGGGUUACAUCGACACCCGAACUAGUGAUAGUGAGUGAAGUAGUUGAGUAUGUCGACCGCUUCACUUAUCUUAGAAGUCUCAUCAGCCCUUGUGGUCUGGUUUGUGACGAAAUCUCAGCACGGAUACAGAAGGCUCGACUAGCUUUUGCCAACUUGCGUCAUUUAUGGCGUAGGCGAGAUAUCCGUCUAUCAACCAAAGGACGUGUUUACUGCGCAGCAGUUCGUUCCGUCCUACUUUAUGGCAGUGAAACAUGGCCGGUAAGAGUAGAGGAUAUUCGUAGGUUACUAGUAUUUGAUCAUAGGUGUCUUCGAAAUAUUGCUCGUAUAUCCUGGGACCACCGAGUAAGUAACGCAGUUGUUAGGAAACGGGUACUAGGUAAGGAUAGCAAAUCAAUUGAUGAAGUAGUGAAACUUCAUCAGUUGAGAUGGCUUGGACAUGUAUUACGUAUGUUCGGUCACCAACUGCCUCGACGUGCGAUGUUCAGUGGUAUAGGAGUAGGUUGGAAGAAAGCUAUGAGUGGCCAGACCAAAACAUGGCACAAAUCCAUGAAGUCACUGACAAGCGGGCUGAGUCAUAUUGGUAGGUGUAGACUACCUGGUUGGGGACCGCGAGAUAAUAGCAACCGAUGGUUAGAGACCCUGAAUGACAUGGCUCAAAAUCGUUUGCAAUGGCGCAGUUUCAUCCACUCUUUGUGUUCUCCCAAAUUCUAAUCUUCUGAAUUCUUCAUGUCCCUUUUUUCCUCUUUCCAAAUUUAUUUCACUGGAUUAUACUCUUUAAAUAACACCUCCAAACCCUAAUCUUCCCGAUUACUGCUUCUACUCUUAUUACCUCUACCACUACGGGAUUUGAAUCGACAACUGCAUCUCUGUGCUAAGGUGGUGUGGCAACUCGAACUGAUGUACGUACGUACGAUGUUCUACGUUGUUACUGACUGACUGAUUGCUUUUGAUUCUCGGCGUGAUGUGUUCUUUGAUCUGCCUCAUUUACUCUUGUCUUCAAGAUCCCCAGUUAGGGCUUGUCUCAUAAUACAGUUUGAUUUCCUCAGUAUAUUUCCUAUCACCAUCGAGCAUCUUUUCCCGAUUGGCCAUACUGAUUUCUUCGAUCGUUGGUAGAGUUGCAGGCAUGGUAAGGUCUGUAUGUGCUACUUCAAUGUCCAAUAGAUUUGGGCCAUCCUGGAGAUCUUCAAAGUAUUCUACUCACCUGUUCCUCUGUUCUUGAAUCUCAGUGAUUGGCUUGCUUUUUUCCUUGACUGGUCGCCCCAGUUUACUGUAUUUCCCUGCUAGUUUCUUUGUUGUUUCAUAUUUACUUCUCUUGCAAACUUUUCAUCUGUCAUUGCUAGGUUUUACACGUAUUUCUACUUACGGGCUCUAAUGCUUCUCUUCAUUCACUUGUUUGCUUCUGUGUAUUUGGUUUGCACCUUGACUUUCACUACUCUUGUUUGACUAUUGUUAACUGCUGUCUUGUUCUUCCUUUCUUGAAUUCUGCCCAGGGUUUCAAUAGAUUCAUUCUGUAUGAUUGUGUUUCAUGAGACCCAGUCUUAUCAGCCCUAUUGAAGUUAAUGUUUUCUUCAUGUGUGUCCAUUUGUCCUCCAUAAUAGUUCUCCCUUUGAGUAGAUCUUGUAGAGCUCGAAACUUAUUACAGAGAGCGAUCUUGAAUUAGAUAAGUUUGUCAGUAUCUCGAAGUCUGUAUUGAACGUUUGUAAUACUAUUUACCAAGUUAUCCAGUUCUUUAACUGAGCGUUCAGCUUGUGCAUCAUCACGUGGUGAUCUUAAGCAAUAUCAUUCCUGUUAUCCCAUAGUGUCUUUGCCUUUCAUGAACCUUAAGAUCUUUUAUUGAUUCAAAUACGAUCGAUUCGUUUCUUUGUAACGUGAGACCUAUGUGGCUUUAUGUAUGCUGUGGGGAAAUAUCGUGCCACUAAUAGACAUUUUGUUGAUGGCACAUGAAUUUGACAAUCUCGCCAUUCUCGUUUCUUUCUCCAUGUUUCAUAUCUUCCUAAUCGAUGUUGUCAAUUCCGAAUUCGGAGUUUAGGUCGACUACCAGGAUAGUCGUGUCAUUUUCCCGGGCGCUUCUCCACGACCGACUGCAGCUUCGUAAGACUGAUCUUUACCGUCUUCGUUGCUAUCAUUGAAUGCUUUGAUUCUGGAUUCCCAUACCGUAAAUGCAUUCCGUGUUUCUUUGGAUAUAAUCAGUGCAACUCGUUUAUAUAAAGCACUUUCUCCAUAAUCAGAGUACAACAAUUCCUCCCAAAUCUAACCGUUUCUGUCCAGCUUGGGUCCAAUGAGUUUAACUUAUUCCAAGAACCACCGAGUAUCUCAUUUCUGCAGGAAGUUGUUCCUUCCGGUCUCACAUUCUCCAGUCAUUACGUGAACUUAUUCUAAUUGUUGCUCUGUUUGUUAGAGGAGGGCAUCAGCCUCGCAACUUCCGAAUAAUAUCGGCUUUCAUCAUGAGGCAUCAUAAUUCUUCUGAACAAAGAUCCUUUAACUCUCAAGGCAGUGUUUGGACGGUUUGAUUGGUUUUUUCCUGGUAAGUAUCUUUUAGCAAGAGUGUUCCCUACAGGAUUAGUUUCCUGACCCUUUACCCGACCCUACUUUACCCGAGAUUGGGACCAGCAGUAAUCCUAAAAGGGCUACAGUCUGAGUAUAAAUUAGCUUUAUUACCAAGUACUAAUAACUAGGAUGGAACUGAAAUUUCUUCAACAGUCACAUAAUUGUCUGCUAUGCUAAACAGAUGAUUAUAAGUUUAAGUUGUCAUAUACGGAGAUUUCUUGUCAUUUAAAAACUAAAACAGUGCGAGUAUUUACAGGUUUUGGUAUAGUUGAACUUGAUGGAAAAUGUUAAAUCAAAUCAAC